AUGAAUUCAAGAUCAGAAAAAGAUUUUCGAGCAAAGCAAGAAGGUGAUGCCAGCAAUUCCAGCAAAUUUUCGAAGAUCCCAUCUUCUUCAUCAAGACAGUGGUCAUCAACCUUAAAAAAUCCAAGAAUUGUAUGCGUCUCACGUAACUUUAAGGGCAAAGACAGGCAUAGUAAGGUGUGUACUGUGAGGGGAUUAAGAGACCGAAGAAUUAGGCUUUCGGUUCCUACUGCUAUUCAAUUGUAUGAUCUUCAAGACAGGCUUGGACUCAGCCAGCCCAGUAAAGUUGUAGACUGGCUACUCGAUGUAACUAAACACGAAAUUGAUAAGCUUCCCCCUCUUCCAAUGCCAACCGGAAUGAAUUUCGGCCAUUUUCCUCAUGAUCAUCAUCAAUCAUCUGGGCUUUCCUACUUUUUGAAUACAAAUCAAGCAUACGCGAAGGAUUCUGGACUCAAUCAUGCGUUUUUCUCGCGCAAGGAAGACUCAGGGAUCAAGAAUGUAAGUAACCAUGUUGAAAGGGUACAUCAGAAUCAAGAAAACCAAGAGGGUUUUGGUGGAUAUGUGGCACAGAAUUUUUUCCCACAAGGAAAUUAUCAAUCUCCUUUUCCUACACCCUUGCUAAAUAACUCCUACUUUAAUUGGGAUCCUAAUUCAAACUUAUCUUUAUCUCAAUUUGGAGCUGGAGGCCAAUCUUUUCCAAAUCAAACAGAAGAAUCCCAAAACAAUAUUUCUGCACCUUCAAGCUCUCAACUGUACUUCUAUCCAUCCGCGACAACAAUACCAUCUUUAAAUUUUCCUCCAUUAAUCCCUUCAUUUAUGACUACAUCAAUGGAGAAUGAGUUGAGACAAAUCAAUCAUUUCCAGCAACAAAAUUCACAGAUGCCAACCCUUCAUUUGAUUAGCUCUCCAAUGAUACCUUUCGGGUCGAAUGCCAAUCAGAAAACUGUCCAAUCGCCCAAGAAUUGUAACGAAGAAAGCAGCAGUUCUUAG